CCCCGUCUCCCGAACCUUCGGAGCGGGCGGCGUCCCAGCCCGGCUCCGGGGACACCCGAGCCGCGAUGCCUGGGGGGUGCUCCCGGGGCCCCGCCGCCGGGGACGGGCGGCUGCGGCUGGCGCGGCUGGCGCUGGUCCUCCUGGGCUGGGUCUCCUCGACCUCCCUCCCCUCGUCGGCGUCCUCCUCCACCUCCUCGGCGUCGCUCCCGGCGCCCGCGGCGUCCGGCCAGCCGGCGCUGCCGGGCCGAUGCCCAGCGCCGUGUGAGUGCUCCGAGGCCGCGCGCACCGUCAAGUGCGUGAACCGCAAUCUGACCGCGGUGCCGGCCGACCUGCCCCCCUACGUGCGCAACCUCUUCCUCACGGGCAACCAGCUGGCGGUGCUGCCCGCCGGCGCCUUCGCCCGCCGGCCGCCGCUGGCCGACCUGGCCGCGCUCAACCUCAGCGGCAACCGCCUGAAGGAGGUGGACGCCGGCGCCUUCGAGCACCUGCCCGGCCUGCGCCAGCUUGACCUCAGCCACAACCCGCUGGCCGACCUCAGCCCCUUCGCCUUCUCGGGCAGCAACGCCAGCGUCGUGGCCCCCAGCCCCCUGGCGGAGCUCAUCUUGAACCGCCUCGAGCUCCCCGCGGCCGAGCGGCAGAACCUGAGCCUGGAGGGGAUGGUGGCGGCGGCCCUGCGAGCUGGCCACGCGCUGCGGGGGCUCCGCCGCCUGGAGCUGGCCAGCAACCAGCUCCUCUACCUGCCCCGCGACGUCCUGGCCCAUCUGCCCGGUCUCCGGCACCUGGACCUGCGCAACAACUCGCUGGUGGGCCUGACCCACGUGUCCUUCCGGAACCUGACGCACCUCGAAAGCCUGCACCUGGAGGACAACGCCCUCAAGGUCCUGCGCAACGGCACCCUGGCUGAGCUGCAAAGCCUGCCCCACGUCCGGGUCUUCCUGGACGACAAUCCCUGGGUCUGUGACUGCCACAUGGUGGACAUGGUGGCCUGGCUCAAGGAGACCGAGAUAGUGCAGGGCAAAGGCAGGCUCACCUGUGCGUUCCCGGAGAAAAUGAGGCAUCGAGUCCUCUUGGAACUCAACAGCUCCGACCUGGACUGUGACCCUAUCCUCCCGCCAUCCCUGCAGACGUCCUAUGUGUUCCUGGGUAUUGUUUUAGCCCUGAUAGGCGCCAUCUUCCUCCUGGUUCUGUAUUUGAACCGUAAAGGGAUAAAGAAGUGGAUGCAUAACAUCAGAGAUGCCUGUAGGGAUCACAUGGAAGGGUAUCAUUACAGAUACGAAAUCAAUGCGGACCCCAGGUUAACAAACCUCAGCUCGAAUUCGGACGUCUGAGAAGCGCGUGAGGACAGAACCAGGACAACUCUGCAUGAGAUGGAGACUUCAGCUUUAUCCCGUCCUAGGCUUGCUUCACCUCCACUCUCCACUGUAGCCGCCAGUGACCUUGACUGAAAGCAGCGAAGGGAAUUUGCUCCCUUCUGUAAAGUUUCUUGGUGUGUUCUGUUACUGUGGGGCGCUGAACAACUGUGCAUAGUGUUUUAUCCUCUUCCUUCUUGGAACUCAACAUGUGUGGAGGGAUGUUUUCAAGUUUCAGCAUGAACAUGGCCUCCUGGCUGUUUUUCUCUUAGUACAGUUCAAGGUGUAGCAAGUGUACUCUCACUGAUAGCAUUCAACAAAAGCUGCCUCAACUUUUUUGAGAAAAAGACUUAUUUCAUAAAUAUCAGUUUUAUUCUCAUGUACCGAAAUUGUGGAGAGAAUGAUUGCAUUUCAUAAACUGCCUGCAGACCUUAGCAAGCUCUUCAGAGUAACUCCAUAGUCCACAGGAGCCCCUGCAUCCGAGAGCAUGCUUACAUUUUACUGUUCUGCAUAUUUCAAAAA